UUUGUUCUGUCCUCUCCUCUCCCUUUCUCUGUCUUUAGCUGCGGCGACACCUCCGCUGCCGCCGCCCGAGUCCCGAGCGGUGCGGAAGCCGAAGCCAACAACCGCCGGGGACGAGAGGGAUUGAUUCGGAGAUGGCGUCGACUAGCUCCGCCGGGGACGUGGGAGGCUCAGGGUCAAAAGGUGCGGCUGCAGAUAAAACACUUCCUGCUUCUGCAAAUACCAGUAGCUCAAAUCAAGAGUCUCAUGAUGCUGAUGCAAAAUCACGUGUGGAGGACAUUUGGAAGAAAAUGAACAGUGGUUUGCCUAAUAAGAUGCCCAAACCUGCAAUGACGAAGCUCAGUACAGCAGCAAAAGAAAAGAAAAUUAAAUCAACAAAUAAUUGGAUGACUGUUCUAGGCCUUUCACCAAGUAAGUCAUGCACUGUCGAUCAAGGAUCGAAAAAUGGGCAACAACAGACACAACAUGAAAUGAGCGAGGAUGCCAAAAAACUUGCAGCAAAGGCCCUUGCAGCUGCCAAAAAUGCCGCUGCUAUGGCAUCUGGACGAGGGAAAGUGGAGAUCACUGAGGUAAGGGACUUUGCUGGCAAGGACAUCGAAAUCAAGAAAUUGGUCGAUGCUAAUUCAAAGGAGGCAAUUGAGAAGGCCAAGGCAGCUGGUGCCGCCCCAUCAGCUGUUGAUAACAUUCUAGAGCAAAUACGGAAGAAGCAGAAGCUGAGCGUCCUGGACAAGACGAAGAAAGACUGGGGAGAGUACAAGGAAGAGAACCGAGGCCUGGAGGAAGAGCUGGACGCCUACAAGAAGAGCUCGAACCAGUACCUCGACAAGCAAUCGUUCCUGCAGCGAACUGAUUACCGCGAGUUUGAGCGCGAGCGGGAUGCCCGGCUGUCAUUGAUGUCCAAGCGGAAGACAGAUAUGCGGGAGGACGAUGUGUAGGACUGAAAUGUACCGUGUUUGGAGGCCUUUUUCUCCACUCCUUGCUGUAGACAUUCUUUUGAGAUAAUGGUAGACACUAAAUUGUCAAUGCCUUGCAGUCCCAUUCAAUCUGUUGGUUUUUUUUCCUCUUCGAGAAUUAUAAUGUGUUGAUUACGAA